AUGGAUGAAGUAUCAACACCAAAGGCUACCGAUAUCCCAGGUGGAUUUCCCAUCACUCCCAGCGUUGUUUCCACUGGUAACCAUUCAACUCCUGUCCAGGACCAGGACCAAGAACAUGAUGACCACAUUGUCGAUAAUUCAACAGACCUUUCCAUCUCUGUUAGAAAUUCACAACAUGAUGUCGGCACCUACUUCCCCAUUACUACCUCAAAGAAGGGUUCGACAUCCGGGAACCCACAGUCACGGCGCCCUUCUACUGAUAGCAGCACCAUGCUUAGAGAGGAGCAUCCAAGCAUCAAAGACGGUAAAGCUCCUCCAACGAUGCCCAUGUCGGCCCCUCAAUCAGCAAGGGGACUGCCGGACGAAUACAAAGAUGAUGCAGCCAUAUCUACCUCACACUCUUCUGACGGUCCUGUCACCCCCAGCAGCUCCCAUCACUCCUCUACGGGAACCAUCGAACAUGUCCCUCUGAAGCCUGGCCCCAACACCGAGAGACCAGCAUUACAGCACCAGCGUACCAACCUAACCGAAUACGACUUAUUCAAGAUGCUAUCCCGCCGUCGUACUUCUGGUGCCACUGCGCCCGCCGCCGAGGAACUCGAAGAGGAAACCGAGGAACUCAAUAUCCUCAUGGCCCGUCUAUUCGGAAAGACACGACAGGAACAGUCUGAGGAAGCCCAAACUCGCCAUAGUGGCGUCGUCUUCCGGCAUCUUACCGUUAAGGGAGUUGGACUCGGUGCCAGCUUGCAACCCACCGUCGGCGACAUCUUCAUGGCCUUGCCACGAACUCUCAGAACCCUCUUCACCAAAGGCCCACGAGCUGCUUUUGCCAGACCCCCGGUCCGAGAUCUCAUCGGCAAUUUUGACGGCUGUGUCCGCCCAGGUGAGCUGCUCCUGGUCCUCGGUCGUCCCGGCGCCGGCUGUUCCACCUUCCUCGAGGCGUUCUGCAACCAGCGCUCCGGCUUCGAGGCAGUCGAGGGAGAGGUCACCUAUGGCGGGACCAGUGCCCGAGACAUGGCCAAGCUGUUUCGGGGUGAAGUCAUCUACAACCCCGAGGACGACCUUCAUUACGCCACGCUGUCCGUCAAGCGGACCCUCAAGUUCGCCCUGCAGACCCGGACCCCCGGCAAGCAUUCCCGCCUGGAAGGGGAGAGCCGCAAGGACUACGUCGACGAGUUCAUGCGGGUCGUGGCCAAACUCUUCUGGAUCGAGCACACCCUCGACACCAAGGUUGGCAACGAGUUCAUUCGGGGCGUCUCGGGAGGCGAGAGGAAGCGGGUGAGUAUCGCCGAGGCUAUGGUCACGCGAGCUUCCGUCCAGGGAUGGGACAACUCCAGCAAGGGUCUCGACGCUAGUACCGCGCUCGAGUAUGUGCGGUCCAUCCGCGCCAUGACCAAUAUGGCCAAUAUCUCGACCGCCGUCUCCCUCUACCAGGCCGGCGAGCCCCUUUUCGAGCUCGUCGAUAAGGUCCUUCUCAUCGAUAAGGGAAAGUGUCUCUAUUUUGGCCCGGCCGAGAACGCGAAGCAGUACUUCCUCGAUCUGGGCUUCGACUGCCCCGAGCGCUGGACUACCGCCGAUUUCCUGACCUCGGCCGACAUGGAAGAGUUUGAGACCCACCUGGCGGCUCAGGUCCAGGAACGGGAGGCUGCCGUGACGAAGGAGACGGAGAAGAAAAACUACACGCUUCCUUUCCAUCAGCAGGUGAUUGCCUGUACGAAGCGCCAAUUCCUCAUCAUGGCAGGCGAUCGCGCCUCCUUGCUCGGUAAAUGGGGCGGCCUUGUCUUCCAGGGGCUCAUCGUCGGCAGUCUCUUCUUCAACUUGCCGGCCACCGCCGCCGGGGCGUUCCCUCGCGGGGGCACGCUGUUCUUCCUCCUCCUCUUCAACGCGUUGCUCGCGCUUGCUGAGCAGACCGCCGCUUUCGAGUCCAAGCCCAUCUUGCUCAAGCACAAGUCGUUCUCCUUCUACCGUCCUGCUGCUUAUGCGAUCGCGCAGACUGUUGUCGACGUACCUUUGAUCUUCGUACAAGUCAUGCUCUUCAACAUUAUCAUCUACUUCAUGUCUAAUCUAGCCCGGACGGCAUCGCAGUUCUUCAUCGCCUGUCUGAUUCUGUGGCUCGUCACGAUGGUCACGUAUGCUUUUUUCCGUGCCAUCUCCGCCUGGUGCAAGACCAUGGACGUUGCCACCCGCUUCACCGGUAUUUCCGUCCAGGUUAUCAUUGUCUACACUGGUUAUCUCAUCCCACCCAGUUCUAUGCACCCCUGGUUCAGCUGGCUCCGCUGGAUCAACUGGCUCCAGUACGGCUUUGAAUGCCUCGUCGCAAACGAGUUCUACAACCUCGACCUUCGAUGCGAACCGCCCUACUUGGUCCCACUGGGACCCCAGGCUCGGCCGCCGUACCAGUCCUGCAAGCUGUGCGGUAGCGAGCCGGGCUCGACGUCCGUCGCGGGCUCCAACUACAUUCAGGAAUCCUUCACGUACAGUCGGGCGCAUUUGUGGCGCAAUUUCGGCUUCCUCUGGGCCUUCUUUGUCAUUUUCGUCCUCCUGGGUGCGGUUGGCAUGGAGUUGAUGAAGCCGAACGCCGGCGGAGGUGCGAUUACCGUGUUCAAGAGGGGUCAGGUCCCAAAGUCGACCCAGAACAACAUCGAAACCGGAGGGCGGCACGGGAAGGGGUCCGAUGUGGAGUCAGGCCUUGCUGCGGGUUCUGCGCAAACGAUGCCCGACGGUAAUGGCAUUCAGGAGAAGAAGGAAACUGAGAAGAGCGAUAGUGCUGUUAAUCGAGUUGCGAGGAAUGAGACCGUCUUCACUUUUCGGGACGUUAACUACACGAUACCAUACGAAAAGGGCGAGAGGACGCUGCUUAAGGACAUCCAAGGCUAUGUCCGUCCCGGAAAGCUCACCGCCCUCAUGGGUGCUUCAGGUGCGGGAAAGACGACGUUGCUGAACGCUCUGGCGCAGCGUCUCGACUUCGGUACAGGGACGGGCGAGUUCCUUGUGGACGGACGACCACUCCCUAAAUCGUUUCAAAGAGCGACCGGGUUCGCCGAACAGAUGGACGUGCAUGAACCCACGGCAACAGUCCGGGAGGCUCUACAGUUUUCGGCCCUGCUCCGACAACCUCGGGAAGCGCCCAAGCAGGAGAAGCUCGACUACUGCGAGACCAUUAUUGACCUCUUGGAAAUGCGUGAUAUUGCUGGCGCAACGAUUGGCAAGGUCGGCGAGGGGCUAAAUCCUGAGCAGCGCAAAAGGCUCACUAUCGGAGUGGAGCUCGCGGCCAAACCGGACCUGUUACUGUUCCUCGACGAACCGACAUCGGGUCUCGACUCCGGAGCCGCAUUCCAUAUCGUUCGAUUUCUCCGCAAGCUCGCCGAUGCCGGGCAAGCGGUCCUCUGCACCAUUCACCAGCCGUCGGCCGUGUUAUUCGAGCAUUUUGACGAGUUGCUGCUCCUCAAGUCUGGCGGGCGCAUCGCGUACCAUGGGCCCCUGGGUGAAGACAGCCAGGAGCUCAUCGGGUACCUGGAAUCGCACGGGGCUCCCAAGUGUCCUCCCCAUGCCAACCCGGCCGAGUACAUGCUCGAGACCAUUGGUGCGGGCGACCCGAACUACCGUGGGCCGGACUGGGGCGACGUAUGGGAACGAUCACAGCAACGGCAGGCGCGAACACACGAAAUCGAGGCGAUGAUCGCGCAGCGGCGGGAGGUCGAACCGGCAGCGAACCUCCGAGACGACCGCGAAUUCGCAACGCCGCUACGGACGCAAAUGGCGCAGGUGGUGAAGCGACCGUUCGUGGCAUACUGGCGAUCGCCGAGCUACAUCGUGGGCAAGUUCAUGCUGCACAUCCUGACGGGGUUAUUCAACACGUUCACGUUCUGGAAGCUGGGAUACUCGAGCGUCGACUACCAGAACCGGCUCUUCUCCAUCUUCAUGACGCUGACCAUCGCCCCGCCGUUGAUACAGCAGCUGCAGCCCGUGUUCCUGCACAGCCGCAACGUCUUCCAGUCGCGCGAGAACGGCGCCAAGAUCUACUCGUGGGCCGCGUGGGUGACGGGCGCCGUGGCGGCGGAGGUGCCCUACGCGAUCGCGGCGGGGGCCGUCUACUACUGCUGCUGGUGGUUCGGCGUCUUCGGAACGGCGGUGUCGUCCUUCACUUCGGGGUUCGCGUUCCUGCUCGUCGUCCUGUUCGAGCUCUACUACGUCAGCUUCGGGCAGGCCAUCGCGGCGCUGGCGCCCAACCAGCUGCUGGCGUCGCUGCUGGUGCCUGUCUUCUUCCUGUUCGUGGUCAGUUUUUGCGGCGUGGUGGUCCCGCCGGCGCAGCUUCCGACGUUUUGGCGGAGCUGGAUGUAUUGGCUCUCGCCGUUCCACUACCUCCUCGAGGCGUUCCUGGCGGCGGCGAUACACGACCAGCCGGUCCGAUGCGCGCAGGACGAGCUGGCGCGGUUCGAUGCCCCCGACGGGAUGAGCUGCGAGGAGUACGUGCAGCCCUACAUCGAAGAGGUGGGGAUGGGGUACGUGCGGACGGGAGACGACGGCAUGUGUGAGUUUUGCCAGUAUGCGACGGGAGACGAGUUUGGACGCAGCUUCAGCGUGUAUUACCGGAACAUCUGGCGUGACUUUGGGGUCUUUUGCGGGUUUAUUGCGUUCAACUACGCUGUGGUCUUUUUUGCGACGUGGUUGCGGUUUCGGGGACGGAACCCGUUGAAGGGGGUUUUGGCGCGGUGGCGGGCUGGGAUGGAAUGAGUUGUCUUUGAUUAGUAGCGGCUCUUUUUUUCUCUUUUUUUUUCCUCCUUCGAGUGCAAGAAACAAGAAAACGAGCCAAAUCUAUACGCAUUAAUGUGUCUUUGCUUGGACUCUUAUGGUUGACGGAGAAUGUUGGUCUUUGUACUUGUGUGUGGUGUGAUGGAAAUGGGGGACACUCGAGGGGGGUCAGGAUUUUCAGGGGUUCAGGAGUUCAAGGGCUCAGGGGUUCACGAAUGAUGACCGUCGACCAACACAUACAAGUCCACGUGACGUGGCUACCCGCUUUUCUGUCUCGUAAACCUGUCUGGUAUUUUGACGACGACCUGAG